CCUUGUCCCGCGGGGUGUUGCCUUGGCAACGCGGGCGGUUUCUGGGCAGGGAGGGGCCCGGAACAGCCGGAGGGAGGAGGAGGAGGAAGAGGAGGAGGAGGAGGAGCGAGAGGGAGGGAUGGCUUAGAUCCAACUGGUCCUUCCAUGGCCCAAAAUGAAGAGUAAGAGGAGUGUGAGUUAAGCCGAACACGACUGCUUCCGAGACCUGUCCGGAGGAACCGAAAUGGACUUCCGGGGCGAGAAAAGCGACGAUCCGGACUACAACGGCAAGAUCACCGUCCAGCUGCUAAAAAGCCGGACGGGAGAAUUCGAUCUCGAGUCCAUCCUGCUGUUAAAGCUGAGAGGUCUCGGGAUUCUGGAACUGGGCUGCCUCGGCGAGUGUGCCAGCUUGGAGUGGCUCGACCUAUCGGCCAACGGCCUGACCCACCUGGGACCCCUUGCCUCGCUCAAAGCGUUGACCGUGCUCAACGUCGCCGCCAACCGUAUCUCGAACCUGGAACCGCUGAGUGGCUGCGAGAGCCUGCAGAGUCUCAACGCAUCCGGCAACCAGUUGCGCAACCCGCAACAGCUGCAGUGCCUGGCUGGGUUGCGGCAUCUGGACAACGUGCGCUUCCACAAUGGCCCGGCUCGUCUCAGCAACCCUUUGUGCGCCACCGCCGGCUACCCGGGAGUCCUGGCGGAAAUGUUCCCGCGGGUUAAAGUGAUCGACGGUGAACGUGUGUCUGGACGGGGUAGCGAGCUCUACCAGCUGUGCAAGGAUCUGGAUCGCUCGCUGCAGCGUUGCAGCAAUGGCGGGGGUCUCGGCGAGACGGCCAGCCGGGCUCAGCCCUGGGUGGAAGAGGGCUACUGGGAGGUCCAACCGGCCAGGAGAAGCUCCAUUGUGGAGGAAGCCUACAAGCAGUUCAGCGAGGCUUUACUGGAGUGCCGGGAGUUGAGUAAGCAGGCUGACCACAGCAUCGGCCAGGCUGAGCGGGCCCUUGGUGGGGGGCGUCCCGACACCAACUCGUACCUCUUUUGAGGCUGCCGGCUGCCGAGCGUCGGAUGCGCUGGGGAAGGGUUCUACGAUGACCCCCGAUGGCCAACUCACCACGGCCAACUCACCACAAUCAACUUGCCACGGCCAACUAUGGCCAACUAGCCAUGGGUUAGGGUUCAGGUUAGGAUUAGUCUCCCCAACCAACUCAUCCCAACCAACUCAACACAACCAACUCAUCACAACCAACUUAUCAGAACCAACUCAACACAACCAAUUCAACACAACCAACUCAUCACAACCAACUCAACACAACCAACUCAACACAACCAACUCAUCACAACCAACUCAACACAACCAACUCAACACAACCAACUCAUCACAACCAAUUCAACACAACCAACUCAUCACAACCAACUCAACACAACCAACUCAUCACAACCAAUUCAACACAACCAACUCAUCACAACCAAUUCAACACAACCAACUCAUCACAACCAACUCAACACAACCAACUCAUCACAACCAAUUCAACACAACCAACUCAUCACAACCAACUCAACACAACCAACUCAUCACAACCAACUCAACACAACCAACUCAUCACAACCAACUCAUCACAACCAACUCAUCACAACCAACUCAACACAACCAACUCAACACAACCAACUCAUCACAACCAAUUUGCCAUUGUCAACUCUCUAUGGCCAGCUCGCCAUGGGACAAGUGUUACACAAAUAUUGAAGAAAUGGUGGAACAGAAUGCUUCAUGAAAGGCUGCCAAAGGAGGGACAGAAUGAAACGGGAAGGCCAACGAUUAAAAAUAAUUUUCAGAUUUUUAAAUUCUUCAAAGUAACUGUAUUGUUGAAUUGUCCUGCGGCUAGUUGGCUAUGGUGAGUUGGCCACAGUGAGUUGGUGACGCCGAGUAAGCCAUGGCAUGUUGGGCACGCUGAGUUGACCCCCCCCCCCCAAAAAAGGAGAAGGUUUACCAAACUUACCAAACUGUUGCUCUUCCUGCCUGCACUGGGGGGAACCUGCGAGGGCAUCUAUGCUAUCCCCCAAGGGCAGUGGUCACUUUGGUUUGGGAGCAUGGUGGCCUCUCUCUCUCUCUCUGUGUAUGUGGGCACCGGCGGGCCUGCUCCGAAAAGCCCCCUCCCCCAAUGCUGCCUAACAAGUUAACCACAAUUCUUUGUCCCAGACUAAUCCUAGCUUUCUCCCUUAAACAAGCAUUAUGAAUCUCGGCCUGGCUGGUGCAGCUGCUUCUGCUCUUUUCUUGGGGUGUGGUGGUGUGGGUCGAGCUAGAAAUUUCACAAAGUGGAGACAUGACAACCCAUUAAAAAACAAACAAACAUCA